AUGUCAGUUCGACAGUGUCAGACGUGCCGCCGAUCCCAAUUGAACCCUGUCUGUGGCAACAAUGGGAAAACGUAUUCAUCAUUUUGUCACCUCCAAAGAGCCGCCUGUAUAAUGAAGAAAAAGCUAAAGAAAACGAAUCUCCGAUUCUCCAGAUGGGGAGAUUGCUCCACGAUGGCAACUCGGGUAAAGAACGCUGGUACAACGCGGAUGCCUACGCAGCGAGUGACCAUGAAAUCUACGACACACCCACAUUCCACGCACGCGCAUCCUACGAACACGCGCAUCACAACGUACACUCCCUCCACAAUCCAAUCACAAACCUCACCGAUGACAAGAAGCAAGAAAGUGUGUUUCGUGUGCUAUCCGGUGCGCAUAGCCACGCCGGUAUGCGCGAGCAACGGCGUGACGUACGAUUCAAUGUGUCAGCUUAUUCGAGUUGCCUGCUUGACUGAACAAGCUACGGGAAAACGAGGACCAUCUUACAUCAACACAGGACAAUGUGCACCUCCAAGAAGGAGGACAUCGUAACAUACUACACAGGAAGGGUUAAAAAUAGGCAAAGGGGAUUUAAAAAAAAAUAUGUUCUUAUCUUUUAGCGAAGUCAAAGUUAGGCCUACUUUUUUGGGGAAAAAAAAUCGGAAUUCAUUGAUUUCUAUCAAGUUUGACUCUGAUCACGUAAACAUUACUCUCUUCCUGCCACGAUCAAAGUGUCCAUGGUAAAUCCUUAAUGUCAUAUUCAAGCUUAGUCUGUGAACUAAAUCUGGUUCAGUAAAUCAUCAUUAUUUUUGUUAUUGUUCCCUUUGAUAUCAUAUAUCAUCCCAGGUAAUGACUGUGUAUAUUGUCACAGAUAUCGUUACCUUUCCUUUUGUGCAUUCAUCACAAUUUUUAAAUCUAUUCCCCAAUGAACAAUAUUGAAGUCAAAGAUGCACAUGCACUCUCUAUAUUUUUUUUCUUGUUAAAGUUGUUGUCAAGGUGAAGUCAAUUUAUAUGAGCAUUGGAAUCAUCCUUCAUAAUUCCAGUCAAGGUCAUGAAAUUUAUUUCAUGAUUGAUGAUGCAUCCCGAAUAAAUAAUGAUUUAAACUUGGAUAAUGAUACCCCGAUGCAUAAUACACUAUAAAUCUUAUUCAAAAAUAUCGUUACACCAUCGAAACAAAUUACGUAUAAUUGAAUAAAAUGAAGGGGUUAGCUGGGGGCAACUAUAAUUGGAAUAAAUUUAUCACCAUUUUUCAUUUGCAUAUCUUGGUAGAAAGAUAUACAUAUUGGGGCGCUCUAACUAGGAGAGCAUUGGAAUAAUUCUGUCCAUUAGAAUAAGCAACUGCUUGAAAGAAGAACUGUUGUUAACCAAUUGCAUCAAUAUACCCCUUAAAAUCAUUUUUGAUUGAUGUCUUUUAAGAGUGUAUUUACAUUAUUGUCCUAGAUCGACCAAAGGCAUAUAAAUUUGCCUAUCCUAAGGUAUAUGCAUAGCAAUAAAUCAGUGACCACUAAAUGUUGCCAGAUUUUCACGUUUUGGGUUACACCAUUUAAACUGCCGACUAUCAAAUAAAUCCAAUAUGGCUGUAUUCAAUUCCACUUUGUCUUUCUAAUUUCAAUAUGGAAUAAACCGAGAACUACUGCAGCUUCAGAUGCUUAUUUUCAAACCUUAACUUUUUGGCAAUUCGAAGUUGGAAUGUGAAACCAGUUUUUGUUCAGCACGCGCUAGACCCCGUGCUUUCGGAAAGGUCAGUGAAUAAAUCGACGAUAUUGCCGAAUAAUGUUUCUUUCCAAUAAACACGCUGUGUGCCCUAAGGCUGUGUUUCCUUCAUCCAUUAUAUAGAAAUCAUUAAGACAACGUCCUGGAAGUAAGAGAAGAACUUUUUUUUAUAAAGACAUCGUACCCAUUAACUUCCACCUCUCUCAACCCGGUUUAAGCAGGCGCCACAUGGUAUUUUUUAAUUCAUUUUUUUGUUUAAUAGAUUCAAUUCAAUUCAAUUUAUUAAUAAUUCAUAAAAUGCAAAGCAGAUAUAUACAAUAAAAUGUGUAUGGGUAUCACAACAAAAGCCUAUGGCUUGCUAAACAGUGAUCCCCUUACAUACAAAAUAUACAUUAUGACAUGGUAAAUCAAGAACAUAAAAGAACAAUCAAAUCUACAAUAGGUCAAUUACAACCAGACUACAAACAACAGACAAAAAAAAAACAAAAAAAAAAACAGAAAAAUGUUUUGUGUAGGUUUUGUAGAAUCAAUAUGCAGAUAAAAUAAUGUUUCUAUAUUUAGAUUUAAAAGCAUAUUGUGAAUGUAUAUUUUUUAUUUCAGAUGUAAGAGCAUUCCAUAAUUUAGUACAUUUAAAGAUGAUGGAGUUACGCUGAGUGAGAUAUAUACGACAAUGUGGCAAGAUAGCGUUAUUCUUAUUACGUGUAUUAAAUGAGUGCUUAAAUUUACUGUUAGAAAAUAAAUCAUCUAAAAUAGGAGGUAGUGAGCCGUUAAAAUGAGAAAACAUAAAGAUUGCCAAUUUCAGGUUAAUCAAAUCAGAGAGCUUUAAUGUAUUUAAGUUUUUGAAAAGAGAAGUAGUAUGAGCAAGGUAGUGCGAGUUUGUGCACAGCCGAAUUGCUUUCUUUUGCAAAACGAAUAGCCGAUUAAUGUUUUUUGAAGUAGUACCUGACCAAAUUAUUCCACAGUAAUUUAAGUACGGCAAGAUGAAGGCAUUAUAUAACAUGAAUAAGGUUUUUAAAGGUAUGAAAUGACGAAUUUUGCGCAUAAUACCUAUGUACAUACUUAUUUUCCCAUGAAUAUUAUUAACAUGCUCUGUCCAAUUUAGUCUUUCGUCGAUUGUAACACCUAAAAAGUUUAUGCUGUGAACAUUUUCUAUUUCAGUAUUAUCUAUUUUAACUGUGAGAUUAGGGGCAGAAUGUUUUUUGAAUGAACGGAAUAUUAUGUACUUGGUUUUAUUUAUAUUAAUCAUCAAUUUAUUUGCUUUAAGCCAAUUUGCAACGGACAGAAGUUCACUAUUGGCUAAUUCAAUCAAUUUUGAUUCAUUUUUAUGUGACAAUAUGAUAUUAGUAUCAUCUGCAUACAGUACAAAUUUUAAUAUUUUAGAGGAAUAGAUAAUAUCGUUAACAUAAGUUAAAAACAACAAAGGACCUAGUAUACUUCCUUGUGGGACACCGCAUGUUAUUGGCAAAAUAUUAGAUUUAGUAUUAUUAAAAAAAGUAAACUGUUUGCGAUCAGAAAGGUAGUUUUGAAACCAGUUAUAUGCUACACCUCUGACGCCGUAAUGCCUAAGCUUAUAGAGUAGUAUAUUGUGGUCGAGUGAGUCAAAGGCUUUGCUGAGGUCAACAAAGAUAGCCAUGGGAAUUUCUUUUGUGUCGAGAGAAUGUAUUAUAUGUUGUAUAGUAUACACUAAUGCCUUUUCUGUAGAGUAGGACUGGCGGAAACCAAAUUGUUCAUGUAUUAGAAUGUUAUUGUGCAUUAAGUGGUUGUAAAGUCUUUUAUAAACGACGCGCUCAAGGAUCUUUGAGAAUGUAGGCAAUAGGGAUAUUGGGCGGUAAUUAUCGACGAGGUGCUUAUUGUCUUUUUUAUAUACAGGGAUAAUUUUUGCUGUUUUAAAAUCAUCGGGUACAGUACCUGUUGAAAUUGAAAGAUUGAAAAUGACAGUUAAAGGAUGAGCUAUACCAUGAAUUAUUUUCUUUGUAAGUUUAGCAUUUAUAUCAUCAUGACCACAUGACACUGUAUUCUUCAUAUCAUGAACGAUAUUUAUAAUUUCAGAUUCACUUGUAGGAAGUAGAAAAAGUGAAUUGAAAGACUUAUUAUUAAGGUAUUCAUGAAAACUUUUACUUGAUUUGUUUAUCUUUUUUGAAAUAGUUGGUCCGAUACUUGAAAAAUAAGAAUUAAACAUGUUAGCCAUUUCACCUUCAUCAUUAAUACGUCUGUUAUGACUAUCAAGAUAUUGGGGUAGUUUCGAAGUAGUUUUACUUCCCAUAAUUUCUUUAAUAAUUUCCCAAGUCUUGGUUAUAUUCUUUACAUUGUUUGUCAGUAUUCGUGAGUAAAAUUCUUUU